ACAUAAAUUGGAAAAAUACAGGGUGGUCCAUAAGUUCCAGGAAUGAGUCUGGCAUUUCAACAUUUAUUACUCUUUUUUCCAUGAAAAUUCACCAAAAGGUGUCCAAAUGUGUCCCCUAUGAUUUGUUAAAAUCUGAGGUAUAUUGGAUAAAAAUUGUUGUAUCUGUGGUUGCCAUAGUAACGGCAUGUGUGCUUCAGCGGGGCACGGCAGCAUCGUCACCGGAUGCAUUCCUUGUGUCGUCUGACCCAUUCAGAUUCAAAUAUUUUCCUAAAUCCACCCUCGGACAUCCUUUUGAUCUCAAUAUUAGCCGCUCUAAUGACUUCAUCGUCAUUGUCAAAACAUCGUCCUUUCAGUCCUCUCUUCAUGUGUCCAAAGAAAUAAAAAUCACAAGGGGCAAGAUCCGGGGAAUAAGGGGCAUGUGGGAGCAGUUCAAAGCCUAAGUCCUGUAAAGCCUGAAUGACCCCUGCCGACCUGUGAGAUGGUGCAUUGUCAUGAUGAUACACAAAUGCUUGUCCUGGCCUCUUCUUACUCAGCGCCCGGGCUAAAUGUCUACGAAUCACCUGGAAUGACAGAAUAAAUUCUCAUCAGAACCAGAGAUCUUGAUUUUUAGCAAACAAAUUGAGCUCAGGUACUCUCCAUCAAAACAUAC